AUGGCAUCGGUCAACUCUUUUCCUCAUUCUCUUUCAUUUCCAAAUAAUGGUGUUGGGGUUCUCCUCCGCGGAUCACCUAGCUCUUUUGUCAUCACUGCUUGUUCUGAUGUUGUCACUAAUCGGAGAAGCCACCAAAUGUGUUUGGAAGCAGAGGAAACCGAAUUGCAACCUGACAAGAUUUCAUGUGUUGAAUCUCUGCUGAUAUAUGACUGUGAAAGGGUCAAUAGACUGCCACAAGUCUUACAUGAGCUCAUAUUUCUUACAGUGAUAGAAAUUGGUAAUUGUCGAGGCUUGGUUUCUUUUGCAGAGAAUAACUUACCUCCUAAUUUAAAAAAGCUGAGUACUACAAACUGUGAGAAUUUGGAGUAUUUGGUUGAUGAAAAAGAAGAUAAUAAGAGUAUGAGUAGUACCCUCUGUGUUCUUGAGGAGUUGUCUAUCUAUAAAUGUCUGUCUCUAAUGUCUUUGUCAUCGAAGGGGCACAAAAAUAUUUGCAAGUUGGAAUACAUAGCCCAAGAGUUUGAGGAAACCGCUUGUCUUGAAUCUAUUCUAUUUUUCAGAUCUGGAAUUAAUUCUCUACCACGAGGACUAGGCAAGCUCAAACAUCUCCAGGAGAUUUGGUUGCUUUUGUGUUCAAAUUUGGUUUCUUUUGAAGAAAAUGGGUUGCUCACCACCAGCUUCAGAGCUUUUGUAGUUGAUGGUUGUGGAAAUUUUGGAGCCCUUCCCAAGUGCAUGGCCAGCACCACCUCCCUUCGACGAUUAAGGGUGCGCAACUGUUCGGCUGACAUAUCAUUUCCAUUGGAGGGAUUCCCUGCCAAUCUCACAUCACUUACAAUCUCAAAGGCACUCAAGAUUUAUAGGUCACUUGUGGAAUGGGGAUUAAAUAGACUCACCUCUCUUCAAGAAUUGGCCAUCAGAGGUGUAGGAAGCUCAAACGUGGUGUCGUUCCCAGAAAAAGGGACUGGAAUGAUGCUUCCUCUUUCCCUCACCCAUAUCAUCCUUUUAGAAUUUGCGAAUCUGGAAUACAUGUCAUCCAAGGGCUUUCAAGACCUCGCCUCUCUUAAAGAAUUGGACAUUGGCGAAUGUCCCAAGCUAACAUCUCUUCCGGAAAAAGACGUGCUUCUCUCGCUUGGAUAUUUACAUAUUUACAGUUGUCCGUUGCUGAAAGAAGAGUGCUUAAGCGAUAAAGGGUGA